AAUAAAGCCAUGCGCAUGCGCAGUGUCAUUCAACGUGACAUUUGUAAACAAAAACUUGAGCUGUCAAAGUGACAACUUCUCUCACGUACCGUUUAUAUCGACAAAACAUGAGGAAACAUGAUGUAAUUAAAUUACAGCACGUGUUGUUUCUGUUGCUGAUUUUUUAUUUUAUUUGUUAAAAACACAGCAACAACAAAAAAGUCACGCAAGAUGUUCAAUUUCUUUGGACUUCGGAAGGACUCCAAAAAGGGCACAACACCCGAGAGAGAGACUGACGGGUUUGUUAUGGUUGGAGAGACGGCUGACGAGCAGAGAGCGAAACAGCAAUCAAGAUCCACACCACAAUUCACCACCAAUGUCAUUGUACAGCCUUCAAAGCCGUCUAGUUCAGCGGUGAACAAAACCCCGGAAGCCUUCCAGCCCUCUCCAGCAAUUACUACCUCAGAAGCGGAGAAGACGGAGGGUGACCCGGGUCACGCUGAUCCUUUCAGAGACAUCCCCUUCACCCUAGCUCCUCACAUCCUCACCGUGCAGGCCAGCCUGUCUCAGCUGUCUCAGGUUCCUGACUUCAACCUGCCCCAAGACAUCAACGAGCAUCUGGCCAACUUCAGCUACGACUUCACGCUGGAGAAAUCGGUGCAGUCGGCGCUGUCGCCUCCGACCCCUGACCCCCGAUCAGCCCCUCAAACUUCAGAGUUUACACGGCAGGAAUAGCAGAUCACCAGGUGACGUCUAACGACGCAGAGUAUCUUUAUAGAAGGAAAUAAAGUUUGUUUGAAGCUACACUGUAGUGUAUUUUUCCCACACAUCAUGCUGUAACGCGUCUCGUUCUCUGGUUCCGCUUGCUUUUUUUUUUUUGAUCAGCUCACAUCUUCACCUGAUCUUGUUCACAGAUAUCCAGUAAAACAUUCUCUUGAAGAUGUCUAGAGAAGACAUAUAUGACCAGAACAAGACAUUUAAUCUCUUUAAAAAGUUUUGAUUGAAAAUAUCAUUUCAUCAUAUGUUCAUUUCAUUGUUAGCUUUGAAAUGUUCUGACUUGAGCAGAUUCUGUCCCAGCUGAUUGUCCCAAAAGUCUCCCAGAAGUUUCCACACAAUCCAGAGGAGGAAUUCCUUUUUUUUUUUUUUUUUUUUUGUGAAAUGUCUUCCAAGCUGACGAAAGGUCGAGAUGGACUUCAACAGGAAACAUGGCCAUCACACACGACACACACAUCACACACAUACACAUGACACACACCUCACACACAUACAGUACACACAACACACACAUCACACACAUACACAUGACACACACACAUACACAUGACGCACACCUCACACACAUACACAUGACACACACCUCACACACAUACAUGACACACACCUGACACACAUACACAUGACACACACCACACAAACGACACACAGACACACCUCACACAGACAACAUACACACACACCUAACAUAAACACAUACACACACAAAACAAACACCUCACACACACACCAUAUACACACACAUACAACACGCACACAUACACACACACACAUAACACACAUCACACACACAAUAUAUACACACACCUCACACAGACCACAUCCACACACAGAAAACACACAGCCCACACACGACACACAACUCACACACGUUCACAAACGACACACACACCUCACACACAGACAACAUACACACACAACACGCACACAGACACAAAACUCACACCUCACACACAUACACAAACACACAAAGCACAGAUCACACACACCUCACACACACAACAUACACACACAUUUGACAAACACACACACACAAACCUAGCAUGCACACACACAAAACACACACAUCACACAUGACACACACCUCACACACUGCAUACAUUGCACAUCUCACACACCAGACACAAUAUUUAUGAAAAGGUGCCAGUCACAUACAGGAUGUUUUGUUUAUGUCUCCUUAGACAUUUGGGACAUGCUGCAGUUUUCAUGAGGUUUUUUUUUAUUUAUUUAUUUUUUGUUUGCACUGUUGAGCUCGUUUCAGUUCUGUAGCUUUUGUAUUUUUACAAAACUUCAACAGAACUUCACUGAAACAUCAGCUGCUACUGGGUACUGGGUUUGGUUUGUGGUGUUUAUUUCUUAUUUCUUUUUCUGUUUGUGCCUUUUUUCUUUGCAGGGUUGAAAGAAACUUGAUUCGAAAUCCUAGACAUUUAUCAGGUUUAUCUUCCAAAACAUUUGCUCUUUGCUGAUGAUGUUGCAUAAAGAACCAGCUGUUAGAAGCAAAAGUUUUAACUUCAUGAAUUUUCCACUCAGGCCAAAUGUAGUGGCUAAAGUAGUAGCACAAAACCGAAGCAGUUGAUGCUAAUGGUAUGAAGUUUAUGUAGCUAAACACGCUAAAUCAUCAUAGCCUUAAACUACCAUUUGGCUCAGUUACAAAGACGUUACAAAAAUAUGACAUCAUAGGAAUUACUUCCAACUGUUUACCCCCUGUUUACUUGUACAAUGCUACAUUUGUAGCUAGGCUUCAUUCUCUCGUUAGCUUUAUUAGCCUCAGCUAAACUCGAGCGAAGUCCAGACGCGUCUUCGCUCAUCUUUUGCAUUUAGGCUGAAAGGAAAAAUUGUUAGAAUAUUUAUGGGACUUUAAUUCCAUACCAAAAGAUUAAACUUGAAAACUCACUUUGUAACGAAAGAAACUGUGUUUAAAUGUUGAAGCGGUGUCACAUGUGCAUGAUUUUCUGUCAUUUAAGCUUACGUAUUUAGAGAUAAUCAGAGGGUGCCAAUAAUUUUGUGUUGAAAAUGAGCAUCAUUUGAUUAAAGAUCUUUUGAUAUUUGA